GGUUGCGGCGGCGCCGUGGCUGCCGUUAGGGCUGCGGCAGGGAGCCGAGCCGAGCCGUGCCGGGUCGUGCCGCCCCUUCCAGGCGGCGGGGCCGUGCCCUCGGCCUGCGCCAUGCACCCCGUUUUCCAGAGCAGCCGGCGCGACUUCACCUUCGGGCCCUGGCGGCUGAGCGCCGCCCGCACGCACAUCAUGAAGUCGGCGCAGGCCGAGAGAUUGGCUGAAGAAUUACACAUGCCUUCCCUGCCAGAGAUGAUGUUUGGAGACAAUAUCCUAAGAAUACAGCAUGAUCGUGGUUUUGGAAUUGAGUUCAAUGCAACAGAUGCUUUAAAAUGUGUCAAUAAUUGCCAAGGUAUGAUCAAAGUGGCUUGUGCAGAGGAGUGGCAAGAGAGCAGGAGCGAGACUGAGCACACUAAGGAGGUAGUCAAGCCGUAUGACUGGACUUACACAACUGACUACAAAGGAACAUUGCUGGGAGAUACUGCAACGUUAAAGGUUGUUCCUACAACAGAACACAUAAAUACGGAGAAAUUGAAAGCCAGGGAGCAAAUUAUGUUUUUUGAAGAAGUACUUCUGUUUGAAGAUGAACUUCAUGAUCAUGGAGUGUCAAGUUUGAGUGUAAAAAUAAGAGUUAUGCCUUCCAGCUUUUUUGUGCUCCUGAGAUUUUUCUUGCGAGUUGAUGGGGUACUUAUCAGGAUGAAUGAUACAAGGCUUCAUCAUGAGGCUGACAAGGCCUAUAUGUUGCGAGAAUAUACAUCCAGAGAAAGCAAAAUAUCAAGUUUAAAGCAUGUACCACCUUCCCUGUUCACGGAACCUAAUGAGAUUUCUCAGUAUCUACCCAUAAAGGAGACGAUCUGUGAGAAGCUAGAAUUCCCAGAGAAGCUGGAGCCUAAACCAGAAGCAUCACUGGAAACCAUGUGUGUUAAGUCUAAAUAAAUGUGACUUUAUAUGGACUUGAAUUCGACUGGAGAUCAUGUGAUUGUGUAGCCAUUACCAGGGGGCACGGUUUCACUACUAGUGGAAUAAAGUAUUUGGCUAAUUUUUCUGUAGCCCUAAAAGAAAACAGGAUUCAUUUCAAGCAGGUUUUGCUAAUAUUUUUUGAUCUUUGUUUAUUUUAAACUUGUAUCUGGCGUUAUCUGAUAGACUGACGGCGAAUUACAGUCUUCAGUGGCAUUGGAGGACUCUGACAAUUGAGAGUCUAGGUUCUGUUCAGUUCACCACUUAGGCAGGAUAUUGCCUGGACUCUCCAACACAAACACUCCUAUGAAGAUUCUGUUAUUGCUGCCUCAGAUACCAAAAGACUACUAGAGUCAUAAGAUUGGCUUAAUUUUAUUUUUAUUGAAAAAUUGUCUACAGUAAAAAUAAAUAAAAUUCUUCUGCAUACGUUAUGAGCUUUCAGUCCUAAACUACUCUUUUUGCUUGGUUUCCUCUACUGUGAGCUGAUAACCAAUUAAAUUAUUUCUUAGAAUCCUGAUCCAGAUUUCUAACUUAAGAAUAUUCAUUUCAUCUGAGAAUAGUUUUAAGGAGAAGUAAAAAGUUGUAUUUGUUUGACACUUUAUAAAGGUAAAAUUACCUUACUUGUGAGACAUUAACUCUAGAGCAGGAGACAAGCUGGAGAUUAACAGAGACACAUACUGGUUAAGCCUCUUCGCAAAUACUUGCUUAAUUCGGUGUCAGCGAGAUUUCUUUAGGCAGUUUUGGAGACUAUUACCCGGGGUCUCUAAGCUGCUACAGUCAUGCUAUACUGGAAAUGCAUUGUGCUGUAUUUACCUUCCAUUGGGCAUACCAGAUGGUGCCCGUGUAUGAUGGUUAUACUGUUCUGAUAUUCAAUUUGCUAAAUUAGAGUGGCUUAUGGCUGAGGAAAAGAGGGCUUUUUAGUCUUCAAUCCCUAACGGAUGCUGGUAUUUACAAAUUGAGAAACGGGAGCUAAAUAGCCUUAAAAGGGGACACUAGCAUGUAUUUCAGAUAUGUAAUUUUGGUUUAUUUUUAAAAGUCUUUAAAUUGUAAUAUCAGUAGAAGUGUGAUCACGUAUACAGUUACGGUUUUAAAUCAGUAAUUUUUGGAUCAAACUUUAAAUAAUUCUAUUGCUUUUGGAAAUCCUAAAUUACGUGAAUGGUUUGGUCUAAGACUGGGGGAGCUAGACUUGUAGGUUUCCUUCUUGCACUCAAUGAAGUGCCAGAAGCAAAGCAGUAGUGACAAGUGGGCCUUGUGCUUUAGGGCAAUGGCAGAUAAAAAUGCUCCAAGACACCAGAAUGUGUACAUUUUAGUUAAAAAUCUUCAGAUUCUACACUGCAUGUCUUUAAAUACCAAGUUUUGGGGUGGCUUGUUUCUAUUAACCAGGUCUUUUGAGAAGUGGUUCUCAUUUAAAUAAACUGUUUUUAUACAAUUGUACUACUACUUAACUGACUGUGUUCUUAAUAAAACAACCCACCUUGUUUCACUUCUGUUAAAGGCAGCCUGGUCUAAUCAUUUGAUCCUAUGGUUGGAAGGCAGGAGCUAAUGUCAGUUUUUCCUGUGUCACUGAUUUAUUCUAACCACAGGGAAGUUACUUGUGUGCCUCAGUUCCCUGUAUGCAAAAAUGAGAGUAAGCCUCACUGAGUAUUGUGAGAAUUAUUUUUUUAAAAGAGUUGCUGAUGAGAAUAGGUUUUCUCUUUUUUUAUUCCCCUUAAUAGACCUUCAGCCUUACCUUUGUAAAGGACUACUACAAAAGAAACUUAUGAUCCAUAGGAUAAAAUGAGUGAAGGGAACUGCAAUAUAAAAAGUCUCUGAAAGAAAUUACUCAUAAUCAGGCAAACUGCAUGAGUGAAUUUAUGGCUGCUCUGAAGUAGGGGUGAGGUCCUGUGUAUUCCACAUAUGUGAGUCCUAAUUCUAUUUUUUUUCAUCUUGCACUUGUUUUCUAAAGACUUUAGGAAUGAUGAAGUGUGUAUCUGUUUGUAAAUGAAUGCAGCGUGGAAAUGAUCAAAAUUAAUUUGGUAAUAAAAGGUUAUUUAUGACCCCUCCAGCAGCAAAGGGGUAGGAGGAGAGAAUGGAAAGGAAGGGAACAACAACCUGGAGGGGAUGAAGAGAUAGUUGGCUAGUAGAAGUAAAUCAUGGCACUUCUUUUAAUGUAAGCACUUACUACUCUACAUGCCUUAAAGGCUUAUAAAACACACUUUAAAAUCAGAGAUGGAAGUGACUGGUGUUGUGCUAGCAUGAAGGAAAUCAUAUCCACAUUAAUUAAAGUUGUGAUUUGGGUUUAGUCAGUGAUGCUAACACUAAUUUCCAUGGGGCUAAAGUAUGGGGAGGGAACCCACAGAAUCAAUACUUGCUGUUGAGAAGGGUGCUCUGCAUGUCUAGUUUAUAUUGUGCAUUUUAUCUUGUCGAUCAUACUUACUAAUAUGUGACCUGUUGAUGCAGUUGUCUUGGACGGGCUUGAAUCCUGAAUAUAUAGAUAUAUCCAUCUAUUUUGGGUGCUGUGCAUUUAAGUGGAACACAAAUAUUGGAGAAAUCACAAGAACGUGUUUAGAAAGUCAGUUACCACAAAGUAAAACUUGGAACAUUCUUUGUCACUGUUACAUCACGUAGAUUAUCAAGAAACAGCACUAUCCUGUAGUGCAAGCUCUCAUGUACAACUUUGCCAGAGAAAAAUACUACUUUGGAUAUAUCAUUUUGGAGGGAGGGAGUGGGGUGAUUCUCCAGCUGUUUUGUAGCAUGUUGUUACAACAUCUAUACAAUGGUUUAUAUUCUUUCUCCUAUGUUGCUAAAUAAAAUAUACCUGACGUUU